CACAAUACAAUUAGACUCCAGCUUCGCAAUACGUCAUUUCAAGAUUCGAGUGUACAAUGAAUUUUCUACGAAACUGGAAUACAAAUUAUCGCACAUAUUCUAAAGUCUAAUUCUUUAAUAAUCAGCUUCAUGGAAAUAAAUUCAACAUUAGAGUAUAAAAACUGCAUCAAAUAGAACGUUUCGCGUCGCUUAGCUCAAAUACAAUUUUUUUUUUUUUGCAUUAAAAUAAAUAUUAAUAAAUGGAUUUCAAACUCAAGAUAACUUCCGUCCUGGUAAUUUGUAUUAUAUAUAUAUCCUUAGCAGAUGGUGCCAAAUUUCUCACCGAAAAACCUUCCUUUCUAAGUUCAUGUAAAACGAGUGACCCAAGCUUUACCAACUGUCUGGCAAAUAACUUUCAAGGAUUAUUUCAACAAUGGAAGAAAGGUAUUCCCGGUUUAAAAUCGUUCGGCACAUUGGAUCCUCUACAUAUCAAAAAAAUUAAGUUCCAUCACAACCAACCUCCAAUCGAUUUGCACAUUCAUUUACAAGAGGUAGAUAUCAACGGUUUGGGCGAUGUAAAAGCAACAGAAACAAGUUUCGAUCCAAAGAAGUUGAGCGCAACUAUUGUUUUAGUUGUACCCAAUUUAAAACUUCAGUCAGAUUACAGCAUAAAAGGUAAAACUCGCCAUUUGACUUUGGAUGGAAACGGUAAACUAGAUUUAAAUGCAAGUAAUAUGGUGAUUCAUCUCAAAGUUCAACUCAAACUGCGUGAGAGCGACGGCCUCAAAUUUGGUGACAUUGAAAAGCUUAAUUUGAACAUCAAAGAAGUUGGGGAUCUCCACAUACAUUUGGAUAAUCUCUUCAAUGGCCAAAAAGAACUCGAAAGUUCGGUAAAUGAUUUUCUUAAUCAAAGUUGGCGUUCAUUUUAUGAAGCCGUACGUCCCGGUAUAAGUGCAGCUAUAGAAGCAGUUGUGAAGGAUCGUCUUCCAAAGGCCUUCGCUUACAUACCGGCGAACUAUUUUAUUGAAGACAUUGAUAGUCUAUAAGAGAUGAAAAAUGCGAUAUAAAUAUGUUCUGUAAGAAAUAAAAGAUAUAGAAAUUAUUACA